AUGACAUCAAGUCAACUCACCCUCCUCACAGCAGGCGUUGCGAUCUACCUAGCCCUAGCCCGCUACCUGCGCUACCAACGUCGCGAUGCCAUCAAUGCGCGCUUCACCCACCGUCCUCUCUCAAGCAUGACGAUCCCCGAAGCACACGAAAUCAUUCGCGAGCUGCGCGAGCUCGAAUUCCCAUAUACAAUGCACACGGCGAUGAAGAUCUCCUUACUCAAACACCAUAUUAACGUAGCAAGUACCGUCAAGACCGGCUCCAUCCCAACAAUGACCAAGCUAUUCAUCGCAACAGGCCAACUUAACGAACGCAACGCCUCCAAACGCGCCGCCGACACCGAAGUCGUUCUAUCAGAAGUCCACGACCGUCUCCCCGGUUCGGAUCCACACUUACUCGGCAUCGCGCGCAUGAACUACCUACACGCUCGAUUCCGCAAGGCCGGCAAGAUCCUGGAUCAGGAUAUGUUGCAUACGCUGGGCUCUGCAGUCGUGGAUAUCAUGCGGUGCGUGGAUCGCCACGAGUGGCGGGGUUUGACGGAGGUUGAAAAAUGCGCUGUCGGCGUGUUUCAUAAGGCGUUGGGGGAUGCGAUGGAGAUUCCCUUCACGGGGUUCUUGCCGAGCGCUGCGCAGAAGGAUGGGUGGCGUGAUGGAGCGCAUUUCAUGGAAGAGAUCUGUGAAUGGACGUUGGAGUAUGAGAGACAGGUGGCUAAGACGACGGAAUCGACGAGGAUGAUUGGACGACGGUUGUUGGAUCUGGCGACGUUUAAUGUCCCGGUUUGUUUGAGGGGCAUCGUGGAGGGAGUCGUGGUCACAAAGCUGGAUGAGCAUAUUCGGUCGAGUAUGGGAUUCGAGAAACCAAGUCUUUUCAUAUCUAGCUUCGCGCAAAGCAUCAUGGCCCUCCGCAAGCGGGUCCUUCGCUAUCUGAGUCUUCCUCGACCUAGAUCUAUGCGCGUGCGAGUCCUAAGCGACGAGCCCGACAUGGCUACAGGCUUGUACACGACGAGUUUGUGGAUCGCGCAUCCGUGGUACGUGCAGCCUACAUUCAUGCAUCGAUGGGGACCGAAGGCGUGGUUUAUCUGGCUGUUUGGUAGCGGAGCAGUGCCGACAAGAGAGGGAAAGUAUCGCGAGAAUGGAUAUGAUCUAUGGACGAUUGGACCGGCGGCGCAGGAGAAAAGAGGCAAGGAAGAAAUGCAGGCACUUUUCGAGGGUUUGAAGCAGAGCGGGUAUGCCGAGGGAUGUCCGUUUCAUCGGUAG